UGUCAGCGAAGCCGAAUCAAAACAAGCCGGAGACCCGCCUUUUCCCUCCUGCUCGAGAGCUUCUCGCUCGCGCCCCGAGCCCGCGGCGCCCGCGCGGCUGCGAGCCUUGGGUGGCCGCGCGCCGGCUCCAGGAAGCCGGGCAGGGCGCGGCGGCGGGGAUGGCGCGGCGCGGGCCGCGCGGCUAGACGGGCGCCGAAGGAGCCGCCGGCCCGCGCCCUCCAUUCUCUCCGUCCCGGAGCCGGCAGCGCGCGGGGUCCCGAGCGGCCGCGCCGUGGGGAGCUGCCUUCGCUGGCGCCGGGCACCUGAACGUUCCCGAGAUGCCCAACCCCAAAAACAGUAAAGGCGGCCGCAAAAACAAGCGCGCCAACAGCAGCGGGGACGAGCAGGAAAAUGGAGCCGGGGCCCUGGCAGCGGCGGGCGCGGCGGGCGCGGCGGCCGGGGGGGCCCUGGCGGCAGCGGCGGGCUGCGGAGCGGCUGCGGCGGGCGCGCCGGGCACCGGGGGCGCGGCAGGCACCGGAGGCUCGGGGACUGGCGCAGCCAGCGUCGCGGCCGCCGCGGGGGCUGCAGCCGCGGGCGACGCCAAGAACGAAGCCCCGUGCGCCACGCCCCUGAUCUGCAGCUUCGGGAGGCCGGUGGACCUGGAGAAGGACGACUACCAGAAGGUGGUGUGCAACAACGAGCACUGCCCCUGCAGCACCUGGAUGCACCUGCAGUGCUUCUACGAGUGGGAGAGCAGCAUCCUGGUCCAGUUCAACUGCAUCGGCCGCGCUCGCAGCUGGAACGAGAAGCAGUGCCGCCAGAACAUGUGGACCAAGAAGGGCUACGACCUGGCCUUCCGCUUCUGCUCCUGCCGUUGUGGGCAGGGCCACUUAAAGAAGGACACAGACUGGUACCAGGUGAAGCGGAUGCAGGAUGAGAAGAAGAAGAAGUCAGGGUCAGAGAAGAACACAGGGAGGCCCCCUGGUGAGGCGGUGGAGGAGGCAAAGAAGUGCAGGCCCCCAAACAAGCCCCAGAAAGGCCUGAACCAUGACCUCCCCCGCCGGCAUUCCAUGGACCGGCAGAACUCCCAGGAGAAGGCCGUCAGUGCUGGGGCCUAUGGGGGCCGCUCCCCUUGUGGCUCCCCCGGCCAGUCCCCUCCCACCGGCUACUCCAUCCUCUCCCCUGCCCACUUCAGCGGUCCCCGCUCCUCCAGAUACCUUGGGGAAUUCUUAAAGAAUGCCAUCCAUCUUGAGCCUCACAAAAAGGCCAUGGCUGGGGGCCACGUGUUCCGAAAUGCCCACUUUGAUUACAGUUCGGCUGGUUUAUCAAUUCACCGGGGCAGCCACUUUGACACGCCCGUACAGUUCCUGCGGCGGCUGGACCUCUCUGAGCUCCUCACUCACAUCCCCCGGCAUAAGUUGAACACUUUCCACGUGCGGAUGGAAGACGAUGCCCAAAUGGGCCAGGGCGAGGAUCUGCGCAAGUUCAUUCUUGCAGCCCUCAGUGCCAGCCACAGAAAUGUUGUAAACUGUGCCCUGUGCCACCGGGCGCUCCCGGUGUUCGAACAGUUCCCACUGGUGGACGGAACUCUGUUCUUGAGCCCAUCGAGACAUGAUGAGAUCGAAUACGAUGUUCCCUGUCACCUUCAAGGGAGACUCAUGCACCUGUACGCAGUGUGCGUGGACUGCCUGGAAGGGGUUCACAAGAUCAUCUGCAUCAAGUGUAAGUCGCGGUGGGACGGCAGCUGGCACCAGCUGGGCACCAUGUACACCUACGACAUCCUGGCCGCCUCUCCAUGCUGUCAGGCCCGGCUGAACUGUAAGCACUGCGGGAAGCCCGUGAUCGACGUGCGGAUUGGGAUGCAGUACUUCUCCGAGUACAGCAACGUCCAGCAAUGUCCACACUGUGGGAACCUGGACUACCAUUUUGUGAAGCCAUUUUCUUCCUUUAAAGUUCUCGAAGCUUAUUGAUGAAAGCUUUGCUUUGGUAAUAGCUAUUUUGUUGAUAUUAUUACUUUGUUACAUAUCUUUUCUAGGCAAACCUUCUGUGAUGUUAACUUCUUUUCUAAUGUAAAGGAGGGUUCCUUUGCGUGUGCGCCCCACUAAAGUGGGGGCUGCCCUUGCCCUCUCCUGACUGGGGAGUGGUAAUCUGUGGCCGUGACCGGAGCCCAGGGAGGGAACCUGUGAGCCCUGCGUAUUAAUUCACCACCACAAAGAGUCUCUCAUGCAGCUUUUAAGGUGGUGAGGAGGAUGGGGUGAGUUUAGGAAAGGGAUUAUGUGGUUAUAAACCAAGAGCAUGGUAGGAGUUGGGAGCACACUCUAAAAGGUAACUGUUUUAAAAGACCCACGUUUAGAUCUUCUCUGGGCCUUGGGGAAAAUGUGACAAGUGAAUGUAAGAAUGUGCCGGGAGAGUUGAUGGUGUGUUAGUCCAUCUUGGCUUUGUUUCUGCAGUGCACACGGACGUGCAGUUUAUACUCACUGACGGAUUAUUUGAAAGUGAACGGAAGUGCUGUUUCCAUCACUGUUGUAACAUAAUAGUCAGUUUUCGUACUGAAAAUGAUAUCCAAAUUAUGAGACAUGUGAAAGCUAUUGGUAUUGCAAAUAAUUUUAGGUAAGCUGACCUAAAAUAGAGACAGUAUAUACUAAAUGAGUUUGGAAAUGAUGCACACUGGUUCAAGAGGGCAAGAAGGCAGGAACUGUGAUAUGAAUCUGGUCACAUUAGCUCCUAAGGAGAGGCUGUGAAUAACAUGAUUUGGAUGGCUCCGAUUUAUAUAGGUUGCACUGUCGAAGUGCCAUUUCACGUCAGACCCUUUGUAAAGGUAAAUCUCACGGCCGCAGACCUCACUGGUGAGUUUGAGAACCAGUUAUGGCCACAUUUACCUUCUCCAAAAUCACUUACAGCUACCUUUUACCCGUUAAAUGCUGAGUUUCCAAAAUCAAAGAUUUGACCCUAGUAAGGAAAGGGAAAAAAUUAUUUGUGGGAGUAUGAGGAAAAUAAUAAUUUUAAUAUUUCUGUUUUAAGUGCAUUUCAUUUUGGAAAAUCUCUGAUUUGAAAACAGAUCAUUCAGAAGAUCCUUGUGAUACCUUACCAUUGGUGGGAAAAGAUGGUAAUUUAUAUACUAAACUCGUCACAGCAUUGGGCUUUCCAAAACACAGUUUUCUGUUUAUUAGAUCUUGGUGAUUUAAAUAGACAUACACUAUAUGCCCUUAUAGAAUGGAAUAUCAUGCCUCAAAAAUGAAUUUGAUAACUAUGAAGAUGACCUAUAUAUACAUACAUGCUAAAUGAAUGCUUAAAAUAAUAAUUAUUGUAUGGGUAGCCCCAUUAGGGGUUAUGUAAACAUUUAUGUUACUUACUUACUUGGUUUAUACCAUUUUUCUUCCCCUCAGAAAAAUAGUUGUUUUUCCUCUCAAGAUUGUUUAGGCAUUAUUGCAAGUGAGCUUCAGUACUACAUGAAAUAUUUGCUAUUUUGUUUUUGAAACAACACAGCCUUAAGAAGAACCAAUAUGUUAAUAUUCUUCAUCUUUCAGUUUGGGUGAUAAUAAUUCAGUUUAGUGUAUCUAGUUUGGUGUUUGAUCUGAAACAUAUUUCACAAUAGAGGAAAUGCUCAAUAAUGCCAAUAAGAAGCAGAAAAUUGUUAUUGGUCUGACAGCAUUUGUUGCCAUGAAAGAGGUCUCUAUAGGACAUAACCCUUGCACAAUUGUCUUUAAUAUGCAAAGCUGUAAUUGUGAGUUAACUGUUUCCCUAUGGAUUCUCUGAUGUACCCAAGUACAAAAGUUUCUCUUGUCUUUGGAGCACCAUUUGCAUUUUACUUCUGCAUUUAAAAUGAAUAGUAAAAUAUUUGUAAUGCUGUUCUUUAACCCACCUACGUUUUUGUAGAGAAAGCUGCUUAUAUUGUUCUUAAGCAUAAAGUAUGUAUAGAUCGCAUUCAGCAGGCUCCUCAGUCUAAAACUGCUGUGAGUGGAAUGUUGGAUGCACUCAAUAUUUUUCUCUUUUUAUCGUAUUCUACUCCCUAAAAAAUAAAUAUAAUGAGGUUUCACUGUAAUUAGGUAAAAUUUGCUUUUGGCCUUUAUUUUGAUGAUAAAGUGAGGAUUUUGUGGAUGCUGCAGUUCUGUAAAAGGAAAAGCAUAGGUAUAUCUAAGAAUAUCUUUACCUUCAAGACAAUACAGUCUUUUAAAAUGGGUUAUUUGGUUGAUUUGAGAAUAAAAUAUAAUUGAUUAUGCUAUAAUAAAAAUAAUAAAACUUGUUUCAGAAAUCUGCUGACCAUAAUACUUUCCCCAUGCUUCCUCAACGUACUUUGCUCUAAGUACAUUGAUGGAAAUCGGAAUAUGUCAAAAAAAAAAAAAAGGGUGAUUAUUUUUGUUGUGGUUUGGGUGUUAAAAGCUAUUAGUCACCUAAGAGAUCCAUUUUCUGUUUUUCUGAUGAAUAGUGUUCAAUAAUAUGAACCACUUAUAAGUGACUUAUAAUUUCAAAGUGAUUUUUCAUCUACUCUUUUUUCUUAUCAUUUAUUUUUAAGAGUUAUGUACCUUGGACAAAUAAAAUUGUCUGCAUUGGUUUAGUGAGAAGAUUAUUUCUGACGGUCUCAUCAUUUUCUCUUCAGGCCAACUCAGUUCGCCACUUUCCUCUAGUUGCAUCUGAAGCAGUUAAUUCACGAGGUUUAUACCUUAAAAGAUAGACAUGGGCCGUGGAACUGGGACUGGCGUCAGGUAUCCCAUUCCAAUUAAGAAAGAGCUUUCUGCAGCAUUGAUUUUACAGUAAAAAAAGAAGAGAAGUUCUUCUUUUUUAAAAGAGGUUCAUUUUCAGAGUAAAAAGUAUUUUCCUAUCUGUUUGGGGCAAAUUAAUUCAUCAGAAAAGAAUAUUAUUAGGUGUUUAAAUCCUAAACCUAACAGAUAGACCACCGAAACUAACCUGCUGAAUCUUUCAUUUUGUCUUAUAAGACCAGUGCUUAACAUACAGUCUGCUCUCCUGUGCCCGGGUCAGUAACUCUCCUUUGCUUCUCUUUAGUCUCACGGUAGCAGCUGUUGAGUAGUUUUAGCUGGAGGUUUGGGGGGCAGUGAGGAGAAAGGGCUCUUGCUCAGUGUUUUGGUUCCUAUAACUGGAUGCUGCCUAACUCAGCUCAUCUCCACGUCCUGUUGACUUUGUUAUUAUUCCAGAUAAUUGAAAGAAAAUGUAAUGGAUGGGCUUCUUUAAAACCAGCUCAAAAUAUACUCUUGUCAGUAAAGACUUUUUGUCAAGAUAUCUUGGAUUGCACUUUUGUGGAGGGAAGACAGUGUAAAUAGUUAAGGAAUGUUGAUAAAGUUGAAGCAUUUGGUUAUGGAAUUCUGUGUGGUGUUAGAAGGUUCCUGUUUGUGAAAUGUAUGUAAUAAAAAUAAUAAAAUUUCAAAA